CAGAGGUGUGGACUCGAGUCAUGUGACUUGGACUCGAGUCAGACUCGAGUCAUGAAUUUGAUGACUUCAGACUCGACUCGACAAAAUGUACAAAGACUUGCAACUCGACUUGGACUUUAACAUCAAUGACUCGUGACUUCACUUGGACUUGCGCCUUAUGACUCGAGAAGACUUGCUACUUCCCAUGAAAACUGGGGAAAAAAAUUUCACACGGCCGCGCCGCUCUCCGUUUAUCUGCAUCUGUGAAAAAAAUGUGCACCAUCCACCUGUAUGCAUACAGAGAGCGCGCGCUGCCUGCACGUUAUCCAAUCACUGUAGUCCCACGUUGUUUUGAUUCGACAGCAUCUAAGCAGGCACAUUGCAAGACAACCAAUGAAGCACAUCAAGCAACAACGCGCCAGUUGUCAAAAUGAUACCGAAGAUAGUUUGGUUUGGCUAUAAAAAUUACGAGGUAGUCGACAAAAAACGAGUUGCAAUCUGCAAAACAUGCGGAUCGAAGAUUACAGACGGAGCUGCCACAACGUCCAACUUUGUUCGACACCUGAAGUUGCACAAAGAAAGGUAAGUUUUGAACGAAUGCUACGCACCUUAUCGGAUGUACCGUAACUUACUAGCUAGCUGCUGCAUAUUUACUGUAUCAACGAGACAAACGCACGUCUCCCUUGCUGGUUAAUGCUUACAAAAAUAUGGAUUUUUGAACUGCUAUUAUAUGGACAUUCUAAAACGCUUUCGUGAAAAACGCUUAACGUUCUUUAAUGUACUAAGACAGUGUUAUUAAAAGACCAAACUCUGUAAAUAUCAUAUUAAUAAAGUAUACUAUGUACAAAACAUCAGAUGAGCCCAGAAUAUGAACGCAAACACGUUUAAUAACACGUUGCGUUUUCCUCCCAUAGAAAACUAUUAUAAGAAAAGGCUUAACGUGUCUUAAUAUACUGAGACAGUAAUAUUAAAAGACCAAACUAUAAAUAUCAUAUUAAUAAAGUAUACUAAAUGUACAAAACAUCAGAUGAGGCCAGAAUAUGAACGCAAAUACGUUUAACAACACGUUAAGUGUUUUCCUCCCAUAGAAAACCAUUAUAAGAAAAGGCUUAACAUGUCUUAUGUAGGCUACUAUGUAUUCUGGGCUCAUCUGAUGUUUUGUACAUAGUAUGCUUUAUUAAUAUGAUAUUUGCAGAGUUUGGUCUUAUAAUAUUACUGUCUUAGUAUAUUAAGCAUUAAGCAACGUUAAGCGUUUUUCACGUUAAGCGUUUUAGAAUUCAGUUUCAGAGUUGCUGGUGUGCUGCCUCAUUGAGGUCGUUUAUGUAAUUUUGGUUAAUCACAACUAAGCUGAACUGUCGCUGAAGACAAAAUAUCACAAUUAAACAAUGAAUGCACCCCCUUUCACAACUCGGAUGUAGUUGGUGCAUCCCUAAACCCAUCCAAGUACAACAGGAAACAUAGUAAGACGUAUACAUUGUAAAGAGGAAAAUGAUAACACAGUCACAGUAGAUCCACCAUUAGCCUUCCCUUUUCAUAUCAUGCCCAAACAGCAGACAGCGCAUGGACAGAGUGCUACCGUAGUCUACAGUAGGUCUGUGAGGCAGCGCACCACUGGGAUAUAUACAGUAUAUAAUAAAAUAAUAACGAUUAUAGUAGUAAUGUUCAGAGAUGCAAUAGAUUAUUAUAGUGCAGUUCUUAACUAAUGGGAAUAUUGUUUAGCUUAUUUUUGGUUUAAUUUGGUUUACUUUAGUUAUUUAAUUUAUUCAAUUAUUUUGUUUUUCUAUACUUUUCAUGCCAACUUGCCAUGGCCCCCCUAGAACCCCCUCGCGGCACCCAAGGGUCCCCGUCCCCACUUUGAAAACCACUGCUAUAAAGCAUAUGACUUCAGUUUCUUGAGGGAAAGGGCUUUCUUAUGAAUUUUGAAGCAGUGAAAAUAUUCUUAAUAUUGCAUACACUGACACUGAAAUGUAUUAUCGUAAACCGUAGUGUACAAUAGGCAAUGAAUAUUAACACAACAACAUUGAUAUGAGUAAAGAGUAGUUUCAAAUACAACAUGUGUGGCUGUAAAGGAUUUUCUGACAUCUGUUUCAUAUUCUUCUCUGUUACAGGUAUGAAGAAUACCAGAUGAACAAAAUCAUCGUAGAUGAACCACAACAGCCUUCAAUCUCACAAUUCCUUGACACUCGUGUAGGGCGUUACAGCCUGACCCACCCACAGCAGAAGGCCAUCUCCAAUGCGAUACUGUCUGACUUGAUUAUUGAUUGCAAUUUCCCUCUGUCUAUUGUGGAAAAUAAGAGCUUUCGUCACUUUCUGGCUGUGCUGGACAGCAAGUAUACCCCAGUAUGUCGCCGAACGCUGACCACAAAAACAGAGAGCCUUGCUGAGGAGAGACGGUCAAAGUUAAAAACUCAAUUGAGCAACACUGACCAUGUUUCAGUCACUGUGGACAUUUGGUCUGAUCGAAAGAUGAGGGGAUUCCUUGGUGUCACUGUGCACUGGAUGGAGCGAGAUGCAGAGAGGGUACAGCUAAAGACUAAUCUCUUGGCCUGCAACCGCUUCAAAGGCUCUCACACAGCAGAGCGAAUCUGUGACCAAUUUGAGGCAAUAUGUGAUGAAUACAACAUCAAAGCUAAAUUGGACUAUAUAAUUAGUGACAAUGCUGCUAACAUGCGCAAGGCAUUUACAGUCUGCUUCCCCAGCGAACAGGAGGAAGAUGAAGAUGCUGGAGAUAAUCUUGAUGAUCCUGAGCUAUGGCAUGACUUAACCCAAGAAGACCAGCAAACCGUCGAUGCUGCUAUGGCAAAGAAACAGCGCCUGCAGUGUUUUGCACACACAUUGCAGCUGGUUGUGGGAGACGGUUUGAAAGAAACAAAAGCGGCAUGUCCUUCUCUCUCCAAGUUAUCAAAACUUAGCUCCCUGCUCCACACAAGCACAACGUUUAAAGACAUCUUCGAUGGUGAAUUUGGGGAGCACAGAGGCAUCCCUGCUGCAGUGAGCACGAGGUGGAAUUCCACACUGCGGCAGGUAAAAGCAGUCCUUCAUUGUGAUCAGCAAAAGCUCUGCGCAGUUCUUGAGAAGGCCGGGCAUAAAGAACUGUCAUUCACACCACGAGAGUGGAAUCUGCUGAAGGAGUUGGUGGACAUCUUAAAACCGUUCGGAGAAGCAACUGAUUUGACACAGGGGGAGAAAGUCAUUACAAUCAGUGCAGUUGUUCCAUCCAUCUUGUCCCUCAAUCACCAUCUUGAGAAGCUGAAGCCUCAAGUUCGUUUCCUGAGUGGCCUGGUCAGAGGUCUGCAGGCAUCCCUGAAAAAAAGAUUUCUUGGGAUCUUCAUUAAUGUAAAAAUGGGCCAGUCUCAAGAAGGGAUCACUGCCCCCUUUUCAGACACAGUCUACCUGAAAGCAGCUGCCUUGGAUCCAGCCUUUUGUCUGCUGUGGAUUGAGCCCCAUGUGCUGGUCAACCGUGACAUCAAGGCAGAGGUGGCACAACGAGUUAAAGGUAAAUAUUAUUGACUUGCAAUGCAACUUAAAUGCAACGUACAAUAAUUUGAUCUUAAUCUGAUAUAGGAUCUAAUGUGAUAUUAAUCUGACUUUAACAAUAAUAAAAAAUUUCAGUCUUGAACAGUAUCAUCAACAUCAGAAAUAAGGGCUCUUUUGUUUCUGCUGUUGUGACACGUUUUUAUUUUUAUUUUUAGAAUUGAUCCUGCAAGAUGCUGCAGAGACAGAGCAGCCUGUGCCGGUGCCUGCUGAAGAAGAACUAGAGGACAUGGAAGGAGAAGGGCUGUUUGCUGCAUACCAUAAGAGGCAGAAAAGGGAUGUUGGGACCCCACCAGCAGUACAGCUAAGUCACUACAUUGACAUGGCAGAAGGACAGAAUGCCCUUUUGUUCUGGGCACUGAACAGUAAGACUCUUCCUUCACUCUUUCAAGUAGCCAUCCGAGUCUUGGCAGUGCCUGCUUCUAGUGCUCCAGUGGAGCGAGUUUUCAGCCAUGGUGGCAUCAUUCUGCGUCCCCAUCGUGCACAAAUGACUGACAGACUUUUGGCCAAUUUGAUCUUUUGCAAAUGCAAUGCAGUAUAGGGGCCUCCCUCCACCUGUCCACAGCACGCAUGCGCGCACACACACUCACUCUCUGCUCAUCACCUGUCCACACAGCUCUCUCUCUCCUGUGGUAGGAGUUUCACAUGGAGUAAGUUCUGUUCAUUUGCAGUGCAGGUUCCCACACUGUUUUUACUUCCAGAGCUUUGGUGUUUGUCCUUCCCGUAAACCAUUCUCUCUCUCUCUCUCUCUCUAU